AUGCCAUCUCAACUCGGUUGGAUCUGGCCCAAAGAUCCACGGCCUGGGAAUCCACAACACUGGCCUCGGCGCUGGCGUCUAUUUGACGUCCUCACAAACAAGGGGCCUGACAUUUACGUGGGCCGAAUCAACCAGCCCAAGUCCGACAGCCCAGACGAACCCUCACGCCCAUCCGGCCCUAGACAAGAAGAAUGGUCUCGGUGGGAAAGUGACCCUCGCGACCCGAACUCGGACUUCAGUCCAUUCCCCUGGGCGGGCCGACCCGCUGGCGAGCGCUAUGAUUUCCGCACGAGAAAGUACCAUGUCCCGGAUCAUGGCACAUGGAGCGGUGUUGAAUAUUGCAAUGGGGGAAGGCCUCGGAAGGGGAAAUGGUUUGGGAAAGAGGAGGUGCACUGUGUACCACGGCGAUAUUGGGAUCGGAAUGGAGUUGAAUAUCCGGCGGAGUUUUGGCAUGACAGUAUCUAUGGUAGACAUAGGGAUUGA